CCCGCACCACUUCCCGCUCGGGGCGGGCGUUCUGGGUCCCCGCCCACCGCUAGUCACGUGAGCCGCCAAAAUGGCGGCGCUUGGGCGUGAGGCUGGGGCUGACCUGAAGGAUGCAGGUGUGUUGCCGGUCAGAACUGGGGAAGCGUCCAAGCUUUGAAAAAGCUAGAAAAAGAACUACAGAGGACCUCGCUACCUUUGAGGAAAACUGUAAGGAAAACAAAAACUCAGUAUCUCUGCAAGUUAUCCUUCUACACUAGGUCUUAAGGACAUCAGAAUGGCAACAUACACACAUGGUCAGCCCAGUGUUUCUCUAGGAGAUGAAAAAUUCAGAAGACCCAUGGUCAUCGAAAUCAUAGAAAAAAAAAUGGAGUAUCUUAGAAAAGAAAAGACUUUAAAUGUGUAUGGCACAGUGUUCUUUGGAACAGCAGCUAGUUUCUCUGGAAUGUUGGCGAACUUCAUUUUCAGACACUGCUUCAAGGUUAAACAUGAUGCUUUGAAGACAUAUGCAUCAGUGACUACACUUCCGUUUUUGUCUACUGUAGUCGCUUAUAAGUUCCUUGUAACAGAUGCUUUGUAUAUGGGCAAUAUAAGCCAGGAAAAUUGUGUUCUGAGGAGUUCACUGGUUGGCAUAGUAUGUGGUGUUUUAUAUCCCACUGGUUUGGCUUUUUCUAAAACUGGACGCCUGGCAGUCAGGUAUCAUACUGUUCCAUUGCCACCAAAAGGAAGGGUUUUACUUUACUGGUUGCUGCUUUGUCAAACAGAGGUAAAAGCAAUGAUGAUUCCUCUGGUCUUUCAGACAGUCUUUGGAAUACUUAAUGGUCUACGGCAUUAUGCAAUAUUUGAAAGUACACUUGAGAAAACUGUACGUGAUGAUUAAUCAAAGAGUGAAUGAAUACUAAAUCAGCAGAAUGGGAUUUUUUUUAUGAUGAGGAAUCCGGCAUUGCUGAAGGAGUUAAAACUAACUCCAGACAGUUUGUUUCUGUUCCUCCUGCUUAGUCUAUAGCAGGUACUCAAUAAAUAUUCUGUAAUUCACUA